CAACUGCUUACAACACGGUUAUGACGACGAGCUUUUAAUUCCCAUUAACAGACUCACAGCUUCACUCGAAUACUGCAGUGCAUUCUGUUGAUUAAUUAUUGAUAUUUCCCGAAGUGUUUACAGCGCUACCAGUGCACUUGAGCUUUUGUGUAUUGACGGAAGACUCAGAACUGAGAGAUUUAAUGAUGACGACAUCAUGGAGCGAUCGACUUCAGGACUAUGCAGAUCUCCCAGCAAACAUGGAUGGACUAGCGAUGAAGAAAUACAGGAGAGAGGCCUAUCAUAGAGUGUUUGUGAACAGAAGUCUGGCCAUGGAAAAGAUUAAAUGCUUUGGCUUUGACAUGGACUACACUUUAGCAGUAUACAAAUCACCUGAAUAUGAAUCUUUGGGCUUUGAUCUGACUGUGGAGCGGCUGGUCUCCAUUGGCUACCCGCAGGAACUGCUCGGUUUUGUUUAUGACCCCACUUUCCCUACAAGAGGUCUGGUGUUUGACACCAUGUAUGGCAACCUCCUGAAGGUAGAUGCUUAUGGAAACAUCCUGGUGUGUGCCCAUGGCUUUAACUUCCUGCGAGGCCCUGACACCCGAGAGCUCUAUCCCAACAAGUUUAUCCAGCGUGAUGACACAGAACGCUUCUACAUCCUCAACACACUCUUUAACCUUCCAGAAACAUACCUUUUAGCCUGCCUGGUUGACUUCUUCUCAAACUGUGACCGAUAUUCAAGCUGUGAAACGGGCUUUAAGGAUGGAGACCUCUUCAUGUCCUUCAAGAGCAUGUUCCAAGAUGUUCGAGACGCUGUAGACUGGGUACAUUUUAAGGGAACAUUGAAGGAGAAAACAGUGGAAAACCUGGAGAAGUAUGUUGUGAAAGAUGCCAAGUUGCCAUUGCUGCUGAGCCGCAUGAAUGAAGUCGCCAAAGUUUUCUUAGCCACCAACAGUGACUACAAAUACACAGAUAAAAUUAUGACAUACUUGUUUGACUUCCCCCAUGGCCCAAAGCAUGGCACUCCACACCGUCCGUGGCAGUCAUACUUCGACCUUAUCCUAGUGGAUGCUCGAAAGCCUUUAUUUUUUGGAGAGGGAACUGUUCUAAGACAGGUGGAUACGAUUACAGCGCGGCUGAAAAUAGGAACAUACACUGGACCUUUACAACAUGGCAUUGUUUACUCUGGAGGUUCUUCUGAUAUUAUUUGUGACCUGCUCGGAGCAAAAGGGAAGGAUAUUUUGUACAUUGGAGAUCAUAUUUUUGGAGAUAUUCUUAAGUCCAAGAAGCGACAGGGUUGGCGGACGUUCCUGGUGAUUCCUGAAUUGGCUCAGGAGCUGCAUGUGUGGACAGACAAAAGCUCUCUGUUCGAGGAACUGCAGGGCUUGGACAUUUUCUUGGCAGAACUAUACAAGCAUUUGGACAGCAGCAGCAAUGAGAGGCCAGAUAUCAGUGCCAUCCAGAGAAGAAUGAAGAAAGUGACUCAUGACAUGGACAUGUGCUAUGGGAUGAUGGGAAGUCUGUUCCGCAGUGGCUCUCGGCAGACUCUGUUUGCGUCUCAGGUGAUGCGUUACGCUGACCUGUAUGCUGCCUCAUUCAUCAACCUGCUGUACUACCCCUUCAGCUACCUGUUCAGAGCCGCUCACGUGCUGAUGCCUCACGAGUCCACAGUGGAGCACACUCAUGUAGACAUAGAGACUGAGUCUCCUCUGGCCACACGCAACCGCCACUGUGUGGACUGCAAGGACAUCGACUGCAAAAGAAACCAGCUCACACGCUCCAUCAGCGAAAUCAAACCGCCCCACCUGUUCGCUCAGCCGCCGCAAGAAAUCACACACUGCCACGACGAAGAUGAUGACGAAGAGGAGGAGGAAGAAUAGUUGUUUUUGACCUAUUCUAGGGUAAAGAUCUGUAGGAUGAUGAUGAUAAGAGUGAUGAGGAUAUCGUGUGAGGUAGAAAAGGAAGAGUGAUUGUAUGAAGUAGACUAUAAUUGCCAAACCAAGCUCAAAAAGCUGAUGUUCACAGUACCAGACUUCAGUUCACCCUAACUGACAGUUUGCUCCAUUAAAGAUAACUAAUACAUAAGUUUGUUUAAAAAAACUUUGCGAUCUGGAAUUGUUUAUCAGUCACUAUAAAAGCACAUAAUGUCAUGUGAUAAACAUCCAGUGGAAACACAGUGGAAGGGAUACGCACUCUACUGUGAACUGAUGGUAAAACUUAUGAGUUUACAUGCAUCAUACAGCCAGCAUGCUGGGAAAGACUCAGAAAAAUCAAAGCCUGUUAGGACGAGUGUUAAAGUCUGUGAUUGGAUCCUUACAGAUACACAUCUUAUUUUUAGGUAUGUUAUAGUAAUUUUUUACUAUUGUUUUUAACAGUUUAGACAUAACUUUCGAGUAGCCAGUCCAUCCAGCUUGGUUACUACCUCCUGCAAAAACUGUAUCCAAUAACUGUUCCUUUAAAAAAAAAAAAAAACCUCUCUCUGUGUGUGUUAAAGCUGUGUGUGUUGGCAGGGUGUUUGUGUUGAAGUCCUGCGUGUGUUGAGAAUCUGAAUGAAGCACAGAAAACCAAAGCACGGUUCAUUGUGACGUGAAUAAGGAAGUGCAGCCAACACAAGAAUCCAGUUACUUGGCAACAGCAUGCAGCUGCUUUUUUUUUAGAGGUUUGUUGUUAACCUCUUGGUUUUCAUCUUUUUUUAAUGCAGAGAUUUUGGCUAGCACUAAUGCUACAGAGUAGCAAACAGAUGCCUCAUAUAUUAGGGCGCAAAAUGAGUCCGAACACACACAGACACACUGCUCUAA